AUGGGAAGAAUAUUAUUUUUAUUAAAAAAUGUAAACAAAAUAGAGAAAAGAUAUUUCACAAACAAAUCCAAUAUAUAUUAUCAUAAUGAAUCUCAAAAGAAGGAAAUUAUUGUAUUGCACCCUAUAUUAAAAAGAAGUAAAAAUAAUUCUAACAAAUUAUUUCAAGAGAUAAUUUAUGAUGCUCAAGAGGCUUUAGGCUUAGCAAAAUCAGCCAACUUCCAAAUUGCCAAAGGUAUAUCUAUGCCUUUAGGGGGAUGGUAUUUAAAAAAUGAAAAACAAAAAAAAAAAAACGAUCCGAAAAAUGAUAAAAUUGAUGAAGGUCAAGUACCCAACAAAGAAUUAUCACAAAAUAAUGAACACCAUCAUGUUUUUGAAAAAAGUGAAAAAGAAAUUCCCAAUGAAAUGUCUUUUACUACUGAUAAAUCAUCAAGUAAAUAUAUUAAUUAUGACGAAAUUGAACGUAAAGUAGCCGAAUCUAUUUUAAUUAAAGUUAAUCAUAUAGACAAUAAAUUUUAUUUUAGUAAAGGUAAAUUAAAUGAAUUAUCAAAAUAUUAUUUGAAAAACCCAACCCCGUGCAUUUUUAUUAACACCUUAUUGUCACCUGAACAAUUUCGUAACUUGGAGUUUUUAUUUAAUAGCUUGUUAAAAAGUUAUCAAGAUGAACUUAUAUUAAAUAACAAAAGAGAACGUGACAACUCUGAAAUGUAUGAAAGGGUGUCGGACGUUAAAUUUGAUAAUUGUGAUAGUGAUGACAUAAUAAUUGAUAAUAGUUCGUAUUGUCUAGAUGCGUAUAAUAAUUUUUUAGAUAAGGAAGAUGAGCAAUGUGAUGAUGUGGACCUCGAACAAAAUAUGAAUGUAUUAAAUGAACACAUAGGAGAUACAUCUUGCGAACAAGCAAAUGAUAUUCCAUACGAACAAAUAAGUGAUACACAAGAAUGUUCUAAAAACAUACCAAUGUACGUAGAACUAUUCGACAGGUAUAGUAUGAUUUUAUAUAUUUUAAAAAGCAGAGCAAAAAACAAUUUAAGCAAAUUACAACUCGAAUUAGCUAGAGCAAACUUUGUUUUAAAUACUUAUUCAGAAGAUAGUAAAUCAAGAAUGAAAUACAUAAAGUAUAUAGAAAAUAAUGUAUUAGGAGGUUCAUGUAUCGAUUAUGAAGAGAAAUAUACCAAGUUGAAUUUUUUUACUGUAGGUAAACAGAAUAAAAAAUCCAAUGUGAAUUUUUCUGGAUAUACGAGUAAUUAUAUAAAAAGUAAUGAAACUUAUAAAGAAUAUGAAAAAAGAAUUAUAAAUAAUUUAUAUAGUAAAUUAAAAAACGAAUUAAUAAAAUGUAAAAACAAUAUGAUUUUACAAAAUAAUUCUAGAAAACAUAAAGCUAUAAUAGCUAUUGUAGGAUAUACUAAUGUUGGAAAAACAAAAUUGAUUAAUUAUUUAACAAAAUCAAAUUUAAAAGCUAGAAAUUUAUUAUUCCAAACAUUAGACAAUGCUUAUAAAAAUUUAAAUAUAUCUACAUGUUAUUCCACUAUUUUUGUAGAUUCCAUAGGUUUUAUACAAAACAUACCAUAUUCAUUAUAUGAAUCUUUUAAAAUAUCCUUAGAAGCUAUAAAAACAGCUGAUGUUAUUAUACACGUUAUUGAUGUUAGUCAUCCAUAUAAAGAUAAACAUAAAAAGUGUGUUCUUGAAACUUUAAAUAAAAUAGGUAUAUCUGAUGAAUUUAUAAAAAAUAAUGUAAUAGAAGUAUGGAAUAAAAUUGACAAAUUAACAGAUAAUGAAUUAUAUACUUUAUGUAAGAAUAAACCAAAAAAUGCCUUACCCAUUUCAGCAAAAUAUGGAACAAACUGUAAUUAUCUUAUUCAAAUUAUUGAACAUUUAAUUAAUCAAAUUAAAGAUGUUCAUAUAUUAAACUUACAAUUCCCAACCAGUGAAGCAAAAGAAAGAAUUAAUUUUCUUAUGAAAAAUUAUAAAGUAGUUCCUCAUUCUAUAUCUUAUUCAGAUGAUGGAAACACAACCUUUAUAAAAUUGGUUGAGAAUAAAUCUAAUUUAAAAAAGUACUAUGAAAAAUUUGAAAUUAAAGAAACAUACAAGAGUGAUAAUUAA